GAUUGGCUGGGCCCGCGCAGAGUGGGCACCAUUUUCCCAAUUCUGAGCGCAGCACAGCAUUGCCAAUAUUUGGACCAUCUUCAGACCUGCACGUCUGCUUCCUCCCUUUGCCAACUUUCGACAGUCAACCACCCAGGAAGUUCAUCGAACCGUACGUAUUGUCCACUCUGCUCGCUGGCGAGCUUUGUCCUUCAUCCCGCUUCCAACCUCGACAACAUCCUCUCGACGUCCUCUCGACCCCUCCCACUGACAUAUCCUCGUCCUUCCUCCCACAGAACCGUCAAAAUGGUCAAGAAGAGAAAGAACAACGGCCGCAACAAGAAGGGCCGCGGCCACACCAAGCCCAUCCGCUGCAGCAACUGCUCGCGAUGCACGCCCAAGGACAAGGCGAUCAAGAGAUUCACCAUCCGCAACAUGGUCGAGUCCGCCGCCAUCCGUGAUAUCUCGGACGCCUCCGUCUUUGCCGAGUACACCGUCCCCAAGAUGUACCUCAAGCUGCAGUACUGUGUCUCUUGCGCCAUCCACGGCAAGAUUGUCCGUGUCCGCUCUCGUGUCGGCCGCCGCAACCGUGCCCCUCCCCCCCGUGUCCGGUACAACAAGGACGGCAAGAAGAUCACUCCCACCCAGACUGCCAAGACUGCCUAAACAGCACGACAUGGUUGCCUUUCGGUGUUGGGGUGAACAGGGUUGAUUAUGGGAACCGGCGAAAAUACUGUGCAUCAACACAACUGGGUCGUUGUAUCGUGGAUCAUCAUGGUUUUGUUGGCUUCAUGAAAAUGGGUUUCGGCAUGAACUUUCUCCCAGAUUACGACCUCUAUGAGCAAUUGAGAUGCACUAGCCGUGAUGAGCCGCAAAAGGCCCAUGGCAGAAUUGACACACAAAACAGUCAAACCAAGAAAA